UAAGCGGAAAAAUCACGAGGCUUUGUGUCAUUUCCUCCAAGAAUCUCAUUUCCCUGUUUCUGUAUCAGCAAAAGCCGUUCAGAUAAGGUCUGCAGUGUGCUUGUUGGUAUAGGCUACAUGAUGCCGAGAGUUGUCUGAGCGGACGCCAUGGCGGAGAACAAUAAUGAAAUAAUGGAUUGCCAUGCAGAAGACGAAAAGGAGAAGACCAGGGCUUGCGCAAGCCGUACUCAUUCGUACUUGGAGAGUCUCACGCCGUCGGACCGGGAUGGACAUAGCAGCACGCAGUCGUCACACCGCCUUCUUGCUUACAGUGAUGCACUGAUUUCUAUCAUAGCAACAGUUAUGAUACUACCUGUUGCACAUACUAAAAUUCAAGAGGACGAGGAAUUGACUGAGAGUUUGCAACAGCUAAUUUCUACAAAGGUUGCUGUUUACCUGAUGACGUUUUUGAUUGUCACUGUAGCAUGGGCGGCGCAUAUCAGAUUGUUUCAGGUAAUUGAGCACAUUGACGACUGCCUGGCGCUGUUAAAUCUAGCAUGCAUGAUGCUAAUAACCUUUCUUCCAUACACUUUCUCCUUGAUGGCCACCUUCCCAGAAAACACCCUGGGGAUCCUGCUUUUCUGCACUUGCGUCAUUGUAAUCGGAAUGAUACAGGCUAUUAUCGUGGUGUAUGGAUUCAGCCGUCCCUUCCUCCUCAAUGAACAGAUACAGAUGUCUGAGAAUCCAACCUUUUACAAGUGGCACAUUUUGAAGGUUAUUUCGAAGGUGCCGGUCCUGUGCAUGCUGGCUGUCAUCUUUUCCUUCAUCUUUUCCCCUGUGUCAUAUGUCCUGUUAGCCAUUGUGAUAUUCCUUCGCUACAUCUCUCUGUCUGCGAGAUGGUGUUAUGGCAAGGCAACUGGUCGACUUGAGGAACCGACUGACUCUAUGGCCUUCUACACCUACCACCCUGACGAACCGCUCAGCAAAGAACGAGUGGAAGCGUUCAGUGAUGGGGUGUACGCCAUAGUGGCCACGCUCCUCAUUUUAGACAUAUGUGAAGACAAUGUUCCAGACCCCAAGGUGGUUCAGGAGAAGUUCAGUGGGAGCCUGGUGGACGCCCUGAAGGAAUUUGGCCCUGAGUUCCUAGCCUACUUCGGCUCCUUCGCCACCGUGGGCCUGCUGUGGUUCGUGCACCACUCGCUCUUCCUGCACGUGACCAGGGCCACCCACCUCAUGGGCCUGUUCAACACCUUCUCCCUGGCCUUCGUGGGCGGCCUCCCGCUGGCCUACCAGCUGACCCACGAGUUCGCCCGCAACUCUCGCAACGAGCUGGAGGCCAUCCAGAUCAGCUGCGUCAUCAUCUUCUUCGCCGGCCUCUUCCAGCUGGCCAUCUGGGUGACGGCGCUCUUCGGCGAGAGGUCGGCGCUCCACCCCUACGUGCGCUUCGCCGGGCGCGACCACGCCUUCAUGUUCGCCAAGCUGGCGCUCUACCCGUGCGUGGCGCUGGGCACCUUCGUCCUCACGUGCGUCCUAAGCCGCUUCAGCGCCCCCAUCUUCCACCUGAUGGAGAUCACGGUGCCCUUCGUCUUCCUGCUGCUCCGCCUGCUGGUGAGUGCGGGGCUGUCGCUGCUCCGGCGACUCCUCUCGUCGAUCAGGCGGGCGAUGCGCAGCCCCCCGGAAGACGAGGACCCCCGUCAGCCUCUCAGCGAGGUGGAGACCUAGCAUUGGUUGAAAGCAAAGAUGGACUCUAAUGGGGCGGAGAUUCUGUGUGUUGUCAGUCAAAACUUGGGUGGACCAAUCCAAACGCUUUGCACUCCAUGACAAAACACACAUUGACUGGUUCUAGUCACCGAGUCAUUGAGUGUACAUGGUGGCUCCACCCAUCAUAGGGUCAAUGAAGCUUCAGUCCCCCAUCAUUGGCUGAGACCUCCAUAAAACGCUUCUGCUUUCAAGUGUCUUGCUUUUUGAUGCCUUCUUAUAGAUGAAAAUGAAAGUGUUGGUGUUGACAUUGAUGAAUUAUGUCACUUUUUAUGAUUAGCUUUCACUUUUUUUUUUUUAAGCCCCAUGUUUAUUUUUGGGGUGUGCACAGAAGGUGUAGAGCACCAUUUUUUCAGUACAUCACUUCUAAUGUAUUGUACCCUGAAGGUCCAUUCUGACAUUAAAACAGGAGAUGAAACAAGCAGUCAUAGGUAUCGGCUUGCUAAGACAUGAAUGUAUUUCUGAGUACUUGAAUGAGAAGGUACAUUCUCAGUUGAAAGAGGAAAAAAUAUCCAAGGGGAAUAUUUCACCAAUUUAUCAUUUGAACAGAUAUGUAAGUGCCUGAGGUUACUGGGAUAUUUUUUUUCUCCUAGGUAAAGUUUCGGAAGUGACCAAUAUGUGCUUAGUUAAAUGGAGUGAGGUGUGGGGAAACUACAGUAAGAAAGUGUGGACUGGAAUGUAUCUGUAUUGUAAGUCAAGUGGGGAACGGUCAAAUAAUUGCACUUCUUUUGUAUGAAAUGGAGGAGGGUAUGUUGCACUUUACAAGUUUGAUAGUAAAAGUACAUUGUUUGAAUGCCAUAAUGAUUUGAUAAAAUGUCAAAGUUUCAGGCUAAUACUUAUAUUUCUUAAAUAAAGAUAUUAACAGAGAAGCAAUUCCAUUUAAAUUACUGAUGCCAUUAGCUGUAAGUAGGUUCGUAAGUGUAAUGACAGAUUAUUGACUUCUGGAUACCUUCAGUAGAAGUCUAUCCACAAAGGGACGUUGUCGUGUAUCUGUCAGUUGUAUUUGGGUAACAGAAUUCAUUUAUCCCAUUAGGGUCUAUCAUGUAAUAUUUUAUUUCUGUAAAUGUCCUUGUUUUAAGGCACUUAAUUUCACUGUCAUUUGACAUGUUUAUUUUUGUAUGUGUGUUGCAAAAAGGAGUUUUGGACCAUUAGUUUUUUUUUAUUUUUUUUUUACAAAGGUUAUUUUCUAAUAUAUAUUUUUUUACACUUGAUGUUACAUGUGCUUCAGUCUAUAAGGGAAGAAAGGGUAGAAUAAUCACUAAGUCAAACUGAAAAUAUAUGUACUUUUGAAUAAACUCCACAAAGCUGCUUGAGCUUGUGCUUACAUAGCA